UGAGGAGCUGUGCAAAUCUGCCCAAAAUUAUUCACCUCCAUCCAACAUUGAUAAGAAUGACGUUUGCGAUUAUGCUGCUAGUUCCUGUAUAAAAGGAUGCUGCAUAGCCCGUUGUGGCCUCAGUAUCAUCUUUUGUGGAGGAGAGUCUUUGACGUUAGCUCACCAUGUUCGCUCACAAAAUAUACGUGCUGUUACCUUUGGUGCUGUUAUCAACGAUCAACAAAGUCCGCGGUAUAGAAACAAACGACACAAAUGCGUGCGCCGCCGGGUUCGCGCUCGGGAUGGUCGCAAGCAAACUGCAAACCCUGCAGGACAAGCUGAUGGAGAUGGACUCCACCAUAAGGCAGUUGAGUGAAAAGGUUGGCCGCAACCAUAAGAUGCUGCUGACUCAACUCGAACAAAGCAACCAGCUGGUAUUGAAGAAAGAUUUAGAUCUGUUCAUGAUCAAUUCGGGCAUAAAUCUUCGAAGUGUCUCGUUUCCAUCGUGCAAGGAGAAUCCCUCGAAGCGAUCGGGCAAGUACAUCCUACAGCUUACCGAGAACGAUCAACCGUUUCUGGGAUAUUGUGAGCAGACGGCCUACGGAGGAGGUUGGCUUGUGUUCCAGUACCGUUACGAUGGAUCGGUGGACUUUUACCGCAACUGGACCGAGUAUCGGGACGGGUUCGGAAGCGUGGAUGGAGAGUUCUGGCUCGGGCUGGAGCAUUUGCAUCGGAUGACCUCGACCCGGCAGCACGAGCUGCUGGUGGAGCUGAAGGACUUCGAAGGAAACUACAAGUACAUACGGUACGAUGAGUUCGAGAUCGGCAGUGAGGAGGAGCAUUAUCCGCUGACGAAGCUCGGAUCGUACACUGGAACAGCAGGGGAUUCAUUGCACAGACACAAGGGCAUGAAUUUCACGACCAAGGAUAGUGACAAUGAUGUUUGGUUAGAAGGAAACCGUGCCGUAACAUAUCAGGGUGCCUGGUGGUACUAUUUAUAUCACACUUCAAAUCUGAACGGCAUUUAUAACAAUAGUAUAAACGCACAAAAUAUUGUUUGGGAUACCUUCAACCAGGUUAACGAAGGAAUGGCUUACUCUCGUAUGUUGAUUCGUGCAAAGUAACGCAAAAUGAAAGUAACGCCACGAAGUCAGAGCGUUUCAGUUGCUGGAUUGUAAAUUUGCCAUUGGUUGCAAUAAGUGUUUCGGACUGUGCAUCUUCAGCUAUCGUCAAAUAAACAAGACAAAUGAACAUCGAACUUCAAACCAGUAAAAUUCAUUCAAUAAAAUACAUUCUUCCUGUCUGGUGUUUUAUUCCA